AUGCAUGAAAGAACACAUACAGGAGAGAAACCUUAUGGAUGUAACAACUGUGGAAAGUCUUUCACCCAGAAGAUAUAUCUUCGUAUUCAUGAGAGAAUACACACAGGAGAGAAACCUUAUGAAUGUAACAAUUGUGGAAAGUCCUUCACCCAGAAGAUGUAUCUUAGUGCUCAUGAGAGAACACACACAGGAGAGAGACCUUAUGGAUGUAACAAAUGUGGCAAAUAUUUCUCCCAGAAGGAAUACCUUACUGCUCAUAAGAGAAUACACACAGAAGAGAGACCUUAUGAAUGUAACAAAUGUGGAAAUACCUUUGCCUGGAAGUCAGCUUUCAGGAGGCAUCAGAGAAGUCACACAGGAGAGAAACCUUAUAAAUGUAACAAUUGUGGAAAGUCUUUCACCCAGAAGGCAAAUCUUAGGGCUCAUGAGAGAACCCACACAGGAGAGAAACCUUAUGAAUGUAACAAAUGUGGAAAGUCUUUCUCCCAGAAGGAAUACCUUACUGCUCAUAAGAGAAUACACACAGGUGAGAAACCUUAUGAAUGUGACAAAUGUGGAAAGUCCUUCACCCAGAGGUCAGCCCUCAGCAAGCAUAAGAGAAUUCACACAAGGAAAAAACCAUAUGAAUGUAGCAAAUGUGGAUUGUCUUUCAGCAAGAAGGCAUGGCUCACUGUUCAUCACAGAAGACACACAGGAGAGACGUUUUAUGAAUGUAGCAGAUGUGGAAAAUCUUUCAACUGGAAAUCAGCUCUCAGCAGGCACCAGAGCACACACACAGGAGAAAAACCUUACGGAUGUAACAAAUGUGAAAAGUCUUUUUCCCAGAAAGCAUACCUUAGUGUUCAUCAGAGAAUACACACAGGAGAGAAACCUUAUGAAUGUAACAGAUGUGAAAAGUCUUUCAGACACAAGUCAUCCCUUAUUUUGCAUCAAAGAACACACACAGGAGAGAAACCUUACGAAUGUGACAAAUGUAGAUAG